CCACGGAGUGACUACAUGGGUCGAGGUUACCUACUGGGGACCAGGUCGGUCCUGUCUCCUAUCCAUUCGAGGAGGCCCCUGCCUGUCUUCUGCCUUUUGAUCUCAUACCACUUAUCCUGACCUCACUCGAGGCAAAUUCUCUUCCCUAGGUAAAUGUUCCGCAUCGCCCGUCAAGGAGCAUCGUUUCUCAAACCCCCAUGGCCCAUCCAUUACAGUACCAAUUUGCACUUCCCACGACGUUAUACAGUAUUAUUCAAUCAUUGCCCAUUGUUUCUCAGUAUGGAGGAUCCCUUCGUUGACGAUUUCUCCCCGCCCCGAGCCAACGUCUUCACAGCCGAGCCCGAAGACGGUGACAUCCCAGAGGGUCUCGUUUCCGCGCGACGACAGAAGUUCUCAAGACGGCCUUCUACUUGUGCUACGAGCCGCAAGCCAUCACCAUUAGGUGCGAGGGAACGCGAGAGCACUUGGUCUGGUUAGGGCCAACGCACCAACAAGGUCUUCGCGAGACCAGCAACGCGCAACACUCAAACUGCAGAGUCCAGGGUGCCGUCUCAAGACCACUCAUUCUUUGGACAGAGU